AUGUCACGACAAGAGCGCUCGAGAGAAGCUCCUAUGGACUGGGAACGCACCUCAUCGUCACAACCUAAUCCACCUGCGUGGCGUUCUGCUCAGAAACGAUCUCAUGAUGAACUUCAGACUCCCCCUCCUGAUUUCAAUACGCCUCCUGCAUCCACCCCAGUCCCCACAUUUGGCGCAAAGGAUUGGACGCCUUCCCCUGCGUCAGACGUACCGGAUAUUGAAAUGGCGGAUGCGAGUCUCGAUCAGUCAGACCGGCGUCGAUAUUCGAAUGGCGCCGUUCAGCGCGUCUUUCGUCGGCGUACACGCAGCUCGCAUAGACGCGCGGUAACAGUUGAGAGUGAGAGCGAAAGCGAGGGGGAGAAUGCGGAUGAACUGGAUGAUGAAUUGCCUUCAAGUCCUCGAAAGUCACGCCAACCACGGACGCACACGACCUCGCAUCACUAUACGUUGAAUAUGCAACCGCCUGCCCCGCCUGUGCAGGACCUAUCGGUUCAACUCGUCGGAUAUCUUCAGGUAGCAUUCAAUAGCAGCCUCGUCCUGCUGUUCCUCUACGCCGUCGGUCAGAUCAUCCUCACUUUCCAGCAAGACAUGCGGGUGAAGAUUGCCGACAAGACCAUGACUAUCGUGCAGGAGAUCUCCCAUUGCGCUGUCAACUGGCGUGCAAACGGGUGUGAGGGUGGUCCAGUCCCAGCCAUGGUUAGGCAAUGCGCCGCAUGGGAGGCGUGCAUGCAACGGGAUCCCGAUGCUUUUGAACGCAGUACGCUCUUCGCAGCCACCGUUGCAGACGUAUGGAACGCCUUCGUCGAGCCUAUAUCCCUCAAAACCUUUGCCUUCACGAUCUUGACUAUCGGCUUUGCUGGAGGCUUUGUCAACUUCUUCCCUACAUUAUAUCGGCGCAAUCAUGCACAACAACAGCAGACCCAGCCUCCGCCUGGACCCCAACACAUGCCGUCUUACCCACCUGCGUUGCAAUAUCAUCCAUCGCAAUCGCCUUUCCCGCAGGGUAUCCCAUGGGCUCCCCCACAGAACGAUGAAGCACCGGCCAGGAGACGUAGGCUAGAGAACGGGGAGGUCAGGGUCAAGUAG